AUGAUUCCCCCUUUCGUUUGUUCUCUCACCCGUCUUACAUAUCUUGAUCUCUCAUUUAAUAUCUUCAAUGGAAACAUACCCUCCUGCCUUGGCAAUCUUUCUUCUUUAACUAAACUUGACCUUUCUGUAAACCUAUUUAAUGGAAACAUACCCGCUUCUCUUGGAAGCCUUUCUUCUUUAACUGAAUUUGAGCUUUUUAAAAACCAACUUAGUGGAAGCAUACCCGCUUCUCUUGGAAGCCUUUCUUCUUUAACUAAACUUGACCUUUCUGGCAACCAAUUUAAUGGAAGCAUACCUACUUCUCUUGGAAGCCUUUCUUCUUUAACUGAACUUGACCUUUCUUCCAACCAAUUUAAUGGAAGCAUACCCGCUUCUCUUGGAAGCCUUUCUUCUUUAACUGAACUUGACCUUUAUGGCAACCAACUUAGUGGAAGCAUACCUGCUUCUCUUGGAAGCCUUUCUUCUUUAACUGAACUUGACCUUUCUUACAACCAGCUUAAUGGAAGCAUACCUGCUUCUCUUGGAAGUCUCUCUUUGUUGAGAAACUUAGAUCUUUCUAACAAUGAACUGAGGGGGAACAUUUCAGAAAAUUUCUUUCACAAGCUUACAAGGUUAAGUUAUUUGUAUUUAUCUGAUUGUGUGCUAAAUAUUAGCACAAUCUGGAUUCCAUCCUUUCAAUUAUAUGAGUUAUCUUUAAUGUCAUGUACAAUUGAUGGUGAAUUUCCACCUUGGAUCUCAACACAAUUCUCACUUGAAAGGUUGGAAUUAACAAAUGCUAGUCUUGUGGGUGUAAUUCCCUCUUGGCUAUGGGAAACCAGUCCUCAGUUGCAUUAUUUAAAUCUCUCAAGAAAUCAUCUAGAAGGAAGCCUAUCGUCAAAUCUUUCAAUAUGUACACAACUUUCAGAGUUAGAUGUGUCAAGAAAUGGACUGAGUGGAUGCAUCCCAUCAAUAUGGCCUUCCAGUAUUUCAAUAUUGUUUCUUAAUGACAAUUUAUUCAGUGGCAAGAUUCCUUCAAGCAUGGGCAAAUUAUCUCAACUCCGAAUAUUAAAUCUUGCAAACAAUUUCUUUAGUGGCAAUAUUCCUUAUAGCCUGGGAAAAUUAUUUCAACUCAGGUUUUAA